UCCCCGCCAGCCCGCGCCUCCCUUUAUCGCGCAGCGCCGAGCCGCGGGCAGCCAGAGCCGUUUAGGCGGGCGAGAGGGGAGCGUCGCUCGGCCCCGUCCUGCUCCUGACACUGUCCCCAGGCAGCCUGGGCUGAUCUCCCCGCGGCUGAAGCCCGGCGGCGGCAAACGACACGAAAUGAUGCCGGGAAAGACCCUGCGCAAGGGUGCGCAGCAGAACCCCGCUCUCCCAGCACAGGAAGCUGUGACGCAGUGCUCUUUGCAACUACGCAAAAUAGGAGAUAUAUGCAACCUGCAGCAGAAGAUUCUUAACGUUAUUACAAAACUGUUCUGCCCAGGAACGUGAAAACACUUUGAGAGAUGUCAAACAGAAAAGGAAGAAAACAAUGGUUUUGGAAAAGAUGGUCUUUACAAGCUUGUAAUAAAUGUCUUGAAUGAGAUGAGGAGAUGGAAUGAGCUCUAUGCAUUACUCACUGCUGUCUAGUCCCACUGAAGGGAAACUGUUGAAAUAUGAUUUCUCCGGAGAGCUGGACAUAUGUAUUGGCUGGUGGAUGUCGGUAUGGGGGAAAAAUUACAAUGAACCAUUCCAAAGAUUGACCUGUGGAGUGACUUGGAAGAGCAGGGAACCUGGGGUUCUCAUCUGACAAGUGUUUCAAUGGUUCACGAGUUGCAGCUAGUUCUAUGUCACUGUGAGCAACAGACAGAAGAUGCCAGUUACCUCCAAACAUUAGAUUGAAAUGUACAAUGAAAACCAGUUUCUAAGUUCUUGAUUGAUUUUGUUUUCUACAAUGUAGACUCUAUAGUAUAAAGUCUGGUGCGGAACAUUGUUUUUUUUUUGUUUUUUCAUUUUUUGGUUGUAGCACAUUUACUGUCAGUGAUGUUACUUGUUAUGCAGAUGUUUCUCUAAGGAAUAACGUAAUUCUAUUAAUUAUGAGGCUGCAGUAAGGAUCUAGGAUGUAUAUAUGUGUAUGAAAAGUAUUUCAUGGAACUUAAAGAGAUGACUUAUGGCUUAUGCACUAGAAAUAGUGCAGAUGACUAUUCAAAUGGUGCCAUAAAGAAUGCAUUAAAACAGAUUAAAGGAAGCACAGUAACGUUGAGUGAUUAAGAAGGUAUAAGAAAUAUGAGUACGAAAAAUGCAUAGCAUUACAUAGCAAUUUACAUAGCAAAUUACAUAGCAAAACAAGAUUAUUGAUAGGUGUAUGAGUUUGGGGGAUAUUCCUUCAGAGCAGCAAAAGGAAUAUUCAAACAGAAUAAACUACUGGGGUGUUUUAAUUUUAUUAAGAAGUAAUAAAGUUACUCUCAAAACAAAUAGAAAGUUAAAGUAAAAUGGAAUAAGUGGUUUUCUGGAGAAAAAACAUUAAUUAUUUUUCAAAGACAGUAACUGCUUAGAUUAAGAGAUAUGUCAGUAAAACGGAAUGUUACAGUUGUUACAAAAAAGUAAUGUAUUGCUUCUAAAUGAAAGCUGAGCAGUUGCCUGGAAAUAAAGGAUAAGAAAAAAACAGCUCUUAUUUGGUGUCAACCUCUUUUUUGUUUGUAAUGAUGAAGAUGCUGUUAGUUUGUCUAAUGGAUGUAAUAUGAUAGUGAGAUGUUUGUCCUGUUCUUACUGAAAAGCUACACUGGGCCUGGCUUGGAGGAGAGACUUGUUCUGCACUUAAGUAUAUUAUACAAGCCCCUUGAGUCAAACACAAGAGACAAUGCAACUACCAUGUCUAAGCCAAAUUAAUCAGUGUCUUAAAAUGGGCUAAAUUAUACAGUGGAAUGUCAACUAGUAAGAAAAUGGAUGUAAGUGACAAAAUAAUGUAACUUGUCUGGGUUUGGUAUUCAGAGCGUGUGCAAAGUAAGUGUCAGUUUCAGGCUGAAGGAUGAUAUAGCAAGAAAAAUAAUUUGAAUUCACACUCUUGCUUCUACUACACUUUCCUCUUGCAUGUAAAUUACAUCUGUCUUACAUACUUUCUGAAUGCCAGAUCAGUGCACGUUAUACCAUUUCACUGCUUGCAUCCGUUUUGGGCUCCCUUGCCCUUCAUGAGCAACUAAGUCCACACUAAGUCAACAAUGACUUUGAGCCAGGGGUUCCCCAACUUCGUUCGCGUCUUGUUCAGUGUAAGCCCCUGGUGGGCCGUGAGACACGUUAUUUACCUGAGCGUCCGCAAGUACUGCUGCUCGCAGCUCCCAGUGGCCGCGCGUCGCCAUUCCUGGCCAAUGGGAGCUGCAGGCCACCGCUUACCCUGAACAAGCCGAAAACGAAGUCUGGGAACCCCUGAUUUGAGCCUAUGAUCUUGUACAAAUCUGAUUUCUUUCAUGAGGUUUUCAUUGUAAAGCUCUUUUCAGUACCCCAGGACCAAGUAUCCAGUUAUCUGAUUUGCUGACACUGAUUUCAUUAGGUAUAGUCUCAGAUUUUGUGGGUUUUUGUUUGUUUGUUAAUGUAUAAAGGGCCCAGUCCAGCUACCAGCAAAGGAACUUUUGCAUUGGCUUGAAUGAGAGCAGGAGAAGGCCCAACCAUAGCAAGGUUUCCUCUUCCUGUGACCUAUCCCAUAUUGUGUUCUCAGUGAGAACGUAGCAUUUCAGGAUGGUAUUGUUUUAUCCACAGCGCCACAAGUGAAUGUAAUAAACAUGAACUUGUCCCCCUAAAGAUCAUGUCUCAUUCAGAAGCACCUUUUCAGGUAUUAAAGGGUGACUGUCGUUUUCAUUUCUGUUAUGCCAAAUUUUAGCUCCCUGAAUAACUCCAUGAGACUAAGCAAAGCUGUUCAUUCAUGGUUUCAUCUAACAGCCACUGAAUUCAAUAGAAAGACUUCCAGUGGUUUCCAUGGAGUUGGAUCACAGUCUUAGAUGAAACUCCAGUGAGGUCAAUAAUAGUUAUGUCAGACUAAGAAUCUCAAGAAAAUUUAGUAUUAAGGAACUGUGUUGUUGCUAAAAUACAUCCAAAUUAAGGUGUUCAGCUCAAUGCAUGCAGCCUACAGUUAAUUAGGAUGCUAGCCAGGGUUUCAACUGGCCCGUCAGUAAUUCCAGGCUGUAAGCAGCAAAAAUAAUAGCAUAAAGCUGUGGGAAUGAACUAUGUAAAUGUCAGAGGGAUAUUUCAGCUAGGAAGUGCAGCACUUUAUUGUAUAGAUUUCUAAAGGCAAUGUUUAUUUUUCAUGGAAUGUUUUUAUGUUGCUAAAUUCCAUAGUGUGUUUAUUUGGUGAUUGUUUAAUGUUAUGUCAAAUCGAACUGUUUACAGUGAAUUCAAAAGAAGAAUUAAUUCAAAGUGACUAAUAUCUGUAUCAGUUUGAUUAUGUGUUCUGUGGAUACAGAUUCCUUGCAUUACUUUUCAAAAUGAUGUGCCAGAUGAUUGUAUCAACAUGAGAUUGUUUUUCUCAAGGCAUUUUUUUGGGUUAGGGACAGAUGUUUUGUUAUAUGUCCCAAUAAAGUGUGUCUGUUGUUAUUUCAUUAAGAUAAUAAACAUGCUGUGUUUGC